AUGAAUACUGAUGAAAAAAUUACUAUUGAAAGCAUAUAAUUCGUAGUUAAAAAGUUUUAAAAAGUUGGGUUUGAAGGUUUGAAGCUCGAAGAUUUGGCUAUUGCAGUAGCAGUACCAGAAUUCAAAGAUUAAUUUUUAAAAUAAACUGGUUUAGAUUGGAUGCAUAAAUAUGAAUAAAAAGCACUUGAAAGGCUCCGUAAAGCUCACUUUGAUAUGUAAUGGAUGAGCAAUUAAAUUAGGGAAGAAUUUAACCAGUUAUUUGUCUUUGUAUAAAAGGGUGAUUUAGAAAAAACUAAAUAAUUUCUUAAAAAUUAUAAUGAUAUGGAAUUAGCAAAAUAAGCUGUUGAUUAAUUCAAUAGAUCUCCUCUUCAUGUAGCAUGCAAAGAAGGUCAUACAUCAAUAGUAGAGUACUUGCUUCUUUAAGGAUUUAGCGUAUUUGCAAGAGAUAAAUCCCUUAAAACGCCUCUCCAUUAUGCAGCUUAUCAUGGAUAAGAAUAUAUUUGUGAGUAGCUGGUCAAAAAAGGUGCCUUUAUAGAUUCAACAGACACUAAAGGAAGAACUGCUUUUCACUAUGCUUGUUGUGGUAACAGUGCAAAAAUAAUUGUUUUGUUUAUAGGUAUUUGUCCUGAAAUUAUAGAAUCAUAGGAUAUAAAUCAGUUAACUGGGCUUCACUAUUCAAUUUUGAAUUCUUCCUUGAAGUAAAUUGAUAUAGUAAGAACUUUGAUAGAAUUUGGUGCAAAGGUCAAUUCAAGAGAUAAAGAAGGAAAGACUCCUCUUUAUUAUGCAGCUGAACAAGGAAGGACCAGAGUAAUUCCUAUAUUAAUGUAAAAAGGAGCUGAUAUUACUUUAGCAAACUAUGAAAAUCAUAAAACGCCUUUGGAUGUUGCAGUUAAUGAACAUACAAGAGAACUUUUAAUAGUUUAUAGUUCAGCUGCUUCAGGAGUAGGAACAAAAAAAGAAGAUAUCUAAUGGAUGAAUGAAGCUAUUAAGGGACAAGGUCUUGGAGUUGUAGAAGUUCCAUUUAGAGAAAAAGGUGAUACUAAUGCAUCUUCAUAAGCUAAAAAAUCAAGGAAAGGCUAAAAGCUUAAUGAAGAAAAAGGUACGAUAUAAGGAUGGGCAAGAGAGAGAUUUUUUGACAUGAUGAAAAAAGUUUAAGAGGAAGGAGUGAAAGUAAAUUAGCACUUAAAAAAGCCCUUUAUUUAUACAGGAAGUUGGAUGGAAAACAUAACAAAUGUAGAAGAUUUAUACAAUCUGCUGUAAGGAUUAACUUCUACUGAAGCCUGCUUAUGUGUUUUUAAUAUAUUAUGUCCCUAUGAUAAGCCACUUCCACAAGAAGAAGAAAAAGAAGUAAUUGAUAAUUUUUAUGGUGAUGCAUGGCAAAUUUCAAUAAAAAAGCCUAUGGAAGAUAGACUAAGAAAAGAAUUAGAGAUCUAAGAGAAACUGUAAAAGUUUGAAGAUUUUGAAAUGAAAUUAGAUUACAAAGACAAACUUUUAAAAGAUAAAAUUGAAGAGCUAAAAAAGCUAAGAGAGGAAAACAUGGACUUAAAAGUUAAAGUUUAAGAAUUAGAUGGUGUUUCUAAUAAAGAUGGUAUGAAUUCAGAGUAGGUUGAAGAACUCCAACAAGAGGUAAAUAGAUUGAAGUAGGAAUUAAAGGAGAAAUCUCGUCUAUUAGUUGAAAAAGAUAUGGAAUUAGAGUUAAUUAAAAUGGAAGGAGGUGGAGGAGGAGCCUCUGGAGGAAUUGGAAAAUCUACCUUAGAUUAAGAAGGAUAAGAAGCCAUGAAAGAAUUGAUUAAGUUAAAGGAGGAAUUGAGAUUGAUUAAGAUAGAGCAAAAGAUGCAAAGGUUCAAAACAGGUUAAAUAUUUGUCAAGGCUUUAAGCGAAGCUAAGAGAGCUAAAGGAAAGAAAGAAGUUGAUAAUAUGAAUGUAGAAAUUCUGUAGGAUGAUGAAGCCAUCAUAAGAAUGUACAUGUCUUUAAAAAAUAAUCCUCCUAAUUUCAUUUAAAGAUUGAAAGAGGUUGAUAAAGAUGGUGACAAUAAAAUCACUUAAUCUGAAUUCGUUAAAUAUUGCUCUAACUUGUCCCUUUCUAGCUCUGAUAUUGGUUGCCUUUAAAGAGUAGCUGGUUUCUAUCAAGGAAAAAAACUGUUAGGUAUUGCUGAAUUUAAGACAAUUUUAGAAAAUAGACCAAAGUAAAGACAGAUUUGGGAAGAAUAGCUAUUCAAAAAAGUGAUUGAUUCUAUUAAUAGCAAAAAAAUUCCAUUAGAAAAAUUCUUCGAGUUUUUAGAUACAGAUGGUAGUGGUGAAAUUUCACCUUCAGAAAUGAGAGAAAGGUUUGAAGCUCUAAAAAUAACUUUAAAUUAGAAAGAUUUCAACAGUUUUUAUUGUAUUUUUGAUAAAGAAAAAGUGGGAUCUAUUUCUAUUUAAGAAUUGAAAUCUACUUUAGAAAAUUAUUUAGACAAAUCUUAGAUUCAUGAAGAAGAUGAAGAAGAAGAACAUUAAUAAGAAGAAGAAGAGGAAUAAUAAGAUGGCAGCUAAAAAAGAUAACCUAAUGGACCUGAUAAUAAUCCUCUUUGCAAAGUAGAAAAUAAAUUAUUCUUGUAAGAAGAAGUUGAUAUAAAUGACGAAUAUGACUAAAUAGAUGGAUCCCUAAAAUUGUAGCUUCCUACUUUAAGAAAUAUAGACCCAAAAUAUAAAAAUAUCUUCCUUAAAAUUUCCCUCUAAGGAAGCAUAGAAAAUUAGAUAGUCCACCAAACAUAAAUUUAUAGCUCUUUCAUUAAAGUAGCUUAGAAAUUCAGAUUUAGAUAAGCAAACACAUAACAACUUUCUAGAUAUAUAUCAAUAAAGAUUUUCUUUAGUUAGCAAAUGGAUGAGGAGAGUUAUCUUGGUGAGGUGCAUUUUGCAUGGAAAGGUUGUUUAAGAGACCCUAACUAAUGGCACUGCAACCAAGAAUUUACUUUACUUAACUUAAGUUACCCUAAAAAAACUGUGUAAGGGUUUUUGGCUGUUUAAGCUAGAUUUAUUCCUUAAAUGCUACAAGAUAAUCAAAAUGAAAGACCUGACACAGCAGUUUAAGAGAUAGAUGAAAAUAUAGGAAAUAAUAAUAAUGCAAAUAAAUAAUCUUCAGAUUUGUAGAAAGAUUAUAUAGAAUAGUAAAAGAAGUACAUGGAACUACAAGAAAAGUUUAUCAAAUAGUAAGAAGAGAUGCUAAAACUUUAAAAGUCAUAGUAAAAUUAAAAACCACCAUUAAUAAGCAAAAAUUCUUAGAGUAAAUCAUAAUCAGCUAACAUAUAGAAUUCAAAUAAGAUUACAAGUAAACCAUCUUCUAAUAAGAUAGAUGCUGAUAUUGAUUUGGAUGGUAUUUCAUCAAAUAUCGAUGAUCUUUUAGGAGAUUCAUAUUUGGAUUAACUUGAAAUCUAAAAAAUAGACUCAAAUAUAGAUAAUAUAAUUAAAACAAAAUAAAAUAAAACAUCAAAUAAAUCCUAAAAUAAAAUUGGGUAAACUCAAAAUAAAAGCAAUGCAACCAAGCAAUCAAUUAGCUCUUAAAAAAAGAUUAAAACUUAAAUAAAUGAUGUUUCAUCUAAUAUAGAUGAUAUUCUUGCUGAUUCUGAUUUAGCUAAUCAAUCUAAUCUUCAAAAAAUAGAUUCCAACAUUGAUAAUCUCAUAAAGAGCAAACCCAAAUUAAAUACUAGUUAACAGAGUGGUAUCAUGGGCUAAGAUGCUAGUAUUCACAAUAUCAAUAGAUCAAUUUUAAAUUAAAUAGAUGAUAAUUAUGAUUAAGAUCUCUCUCCAGUAAAAUAAGUAUCCAAGAGAUAAUACAGCAAAAACUUUAAUAAAAACCUUGAUUAAUUAAUACAUUCAAUGAAUUCUGACAUAGAUCAGCUCAUAAAUAAUUCUGAAAUAGGAUAUAAUCAGGAUGAUUUGGAAUAAAUUGAUUCAAAUGUUGAUUUAUCACAAAUCGACGUGAAGAAAUGA